CGUGUGUGUGACUGAGUGUAUGUGACUUAAGCCGUGAAACGUAUGUAUCAGAAGAGUUGAGUGGGCCAAACUAGGAACAAUGAGCCUGCGCCGAAAGUGGGAGGAGGUAGCCGAAACUGGUGAAAUAAACUGAACAUCCGAAACGAAUUCAACAUUCCUAGGAUACACCACGGGAUCCCGACCGAUAUACGAAAUGGUGCUGGCGCAGUUAUGCAAAGAGAAGAACGCAUCAGAUCCUAAGAGUGUGUGUUUUUUUACAUUGCUGACCCAGUUCAAAACGCACGGUCAUGUGUCAACCGCGUGUGAAUAUCAUGUCAAUGUUCUAUCGUGAUAAAUUAAAGUGCAACAUAAGACACACCUUUUGGAUACGUUAAAAUGUCAAGAAUAUCCGGUGGCAGCAUGCUUAGAACUAGAAGAAAGGAUGUCAACGUUAAACCAAAUCGAAGACUAGACCGAAAAUCUUCGAGAGGAAUGAUAUAUGAAAAUGAAGAACUACGACUAAGGACAAUAAAUAUCAACGCUGAAGUAGAGCGAGGACAGUCAGACAUAAAGAAAUUAAGACGAGAAAAUGAGCAACUUCGUAGAGAAAUUUGGUCACUACGAGAAGAAUACGAUAAACUAGAUAACUUACUAAGACAUGGACGUUCUAUGAGAUAA